GCCAGUCAGCCUCGUACCAUACCUUGACUAUAUGAUGUGACUCAGGCCGUGUUCGAGGAACUUCAAGGUUUUGGACUUCCCUGGCAUACAAAUACUGAUCGGACAUUCGGCUCCUUAUUAUAUCUCAGUGACGGUGAUAUUCCUUGUCCUCCGUUGUCAAAGUCCAAAAAGAAGUACUACUACUAGUAUCUCGAUACUACAGGGUUGAUUGACCAGUGAUUGCGAGCUCCCAGAUCGGCGGACUACUAGGUAUCACUCGACAACAAGACCCCGAGUCAACUUGAAGUCAUGUCUGUUAUUGAUCUUCGUCAUCGUCAUCUUUCUAUCUCGAGCAACAAGACAAUACAAACCAUGAGCGCAGAGACAGGAACAGGUGCCGGCGUCAGCGCUCGCACCAUCUCCGACUAUUCUCACGACCAUGUCAUUCUACUCUUGGAUACACCGGACUUUGAGAAUCCACCGGCGUGGUUGAGUGAUAAUUUUCAGAUCAUUGAGGGAGGUGUACAUGCCGGCGGCUCCUCCCGAAACAAACUCAUCGUCUUCUCCGACGGCACCUACAUCGAACUAAUCAACUGGAUUGCCGAACCCACCGAAUUCUUCGACUGGAAAGGCAAACCGGCCGGCUUGAUCGACUUUGCACUCACGACUCCCGCUCCCAAAUCGGCCCAAGAGACGAUUGCCGAAGUUGACAAACGCUUGACAUCCCCCGGCACCUCUGGUGAUUCCGGUCUCGGCAUCCAAUUCAAACAACCAAUCCACGGCGGCCGCAAACGCAAAGACGGCAAAAAAGUCGAAUGGUACGUGACGAAACCAUCUUUCGACAAUAGUGCCCCCAGCGUCCCAAGACCAUUGGACCAAUACUUUCCCACGGGGAGACUUGAUGUCCCGUUCUUCUGUCACGAUGUCACGGAUCGGUUGUUGCGGAUUCCGUAUAAAGAUUCACAAGAGUCCUCGUCCUAUUCCUCUUUGACAACCCAUCCCUGUGGAGCUAGAGGAAUCCUUUCCGUCGACGUCGUCGUUCCAGAGGAACAGUUUGAGAAUUAUGUGAAGCUAUAUACUGCUGUGAGCGGUGCUUUGCCUCAACGUAUCUCUUCUACUUCUUCUUCCGGAGAGGACAGUAGUGGCGUCACCGCCUCAAACCGCAAAAAUGCAGCCGUCUUCUUCCCGUUGAGUGCACCGGACCAAAACGCCAUGAAGGAUGUCGAGGGAAAAGUCGGCAUCGAGCUGCGCACUCCGCGUGACGAGGCCGAUGAUGCUUGGAUACAGAGCCGUGGCGUGGGGAUCAGACAGGUCCGCCUUUAUGCUCCCUCUGCUGCUGCUACCACCACCAGCACCAGCACUACUACUCCUCACCAGCCUGGUCGCGGAAAACCACUUGCUAGCCAGGGCAUCGGUGAGAGUCUCCUUCUUGUUCAGUCUGUCUAGAAAAGCAAGAGACUAUGUCGAUCAAUGUCCAACAUCAUCUAGUUUAGAUGACCAGAGAAGUAAUAUAAUGGAAUGAUGGGACAAAGAUUCCUGUGGUAGGGCCCGAAUCUUGGGUACCAGUAUUGUCGGAAGCAAACAUACUACGCCGCAAGACGAAAGAACCUCAGCUAAAGCUUGUGGCUGAUAAUCAUUCAUUGCUAUCUAAGACACGUAUAUGCAGACCUUGUUAUCAUGCCAUCAGUCGCUGCUGUGUUUAUCAUAUCCAGACAGGCGCAAAUCUUGCUGCUUCCGAGUGAAAUAAACUGUAUUGACCACAAGGAUGAAGUGCCAAUGUCGAUAUAAAAGGCACUGCAAAAACAACAAUACACAACGUCUCUUAAAACAAUUGAUCCACGCUCAUUCGAUAACCGACUUCCCGACUCAUUCUGCGAGGAACGCCCGAAAGUAACGUGGAGUCACCACCCUGGCGGGCACGGUCCGUUCGGUCUACGCUGGACCGCCUCCUUGGCCUGUUGGCCACCGUCAAUUGUCUCAACCCUUCCGGAUUUGUUUUGGAUCGCGUUCUUGCGGUGCCUGAAGCUCUAUGUUGACUGUUUCUGUGCAUCUGUGCCCCAGAUCCACCGCCGUUGCCAAACUCCGGCUGCUUCGGGCCUAUCCCUGAGUUGGCCACGACAUUAUUCCAAGUUGCUUGUUCUUGAGAAGCAAGUGCUUGAUGUCCCCGAGAAAUCUCUGUACUUGGCCGCUUUUGAUGUUGAUGGCUGCGUUGUUGCCGGUUUCUGAGCUCUCUUUGCUGAUGGAUCAUGUUCCGCUCUCGCUCGCUGAGCAUGACCUUUCGAGGCGGCGAGUCAGCAGGCACCUCAAACUCGGAUUCGGAAAAUCCGAGCCCUGAAGUUGAGACCUGGAGUCUAGGCAGCUUCGGCCCCUCUUGCUCCUUCUGGUAGACCAGGUGGCAAUGAUAACAGCUAGGAUGUCGUGUGACAUGAUGAUGGGAAGACGAUGCCAUACUUGGACGGCCUGGCGCAGCAUUUUCAUCCGUUGUUGUUUGACUUUCCGAGCCAACUCUACAGUGUUCGUGAGUACGGCUUUGCCGUCUAGGAGAGUUGUCGAUGUCUUGUCGAAGGGUAUCGACAUCGUUAGGAGGAAUGGUCCCCCUUUCUCGCUGUUGAAGUUCCAUUGAAUGACGGAGUGGAGCGGAGAAUGCUUGUCCCUGGUGGAAAGGUGUUGGGCCCGGGACGUCCGGUGGGACCGGAACCGUUUUCGCCCGUUUGGCCUCGAUAGAAGCAGCGACCUGGGCCAGGGAAUUGGGCAGAAUGUCGAGCGAAUUGAUGGGAAUAAGUGUGACAGGAAGCUGCACCGCCACGGUUUUGAACAUUCUGACCGUGACCACCACGUUAACGAAAUAUCUGACCUCAAAAUACCUUCCAGUACUGAUUGUGACGUGGCCACGCGGUGCCUCCAGUUCGAUGGUUCUCACCUCCGAAGUGUGGCUCGGGACACCCUUCCAUGAAGUGCCUUUCUUGAAUGUCGAGCCACUGACAAUCUCGGUGUCUGUACGUCGGGGUAGCCGAAGGUGAUUUGCGCUCCUUUCAAUGGUGCCGGCUGGGGCGUGUGUGUACCAUAGGGUUGUCUUCUCCAGUUGUACCUCUAUCUUUUUGAUGGACUUGGAUGUAUUAUUCACAAUAUGAACGUCGAUAAAGAUCAUGGCUCCAUUGACCCAGGUCUGCC